GGAGCAACAUGGCGGCAGCGGAGGGCAAUAGUAGUGGCGGCGAUGCGGACCGGGAGUUGGAAGAGCUGCUGGAAAGUGCUCUUGAUGACUUCGAUAAGGCCAAACCCUCCCCAGCACCCCCUCCUACCACUACAGCUCCUGAUGCUCCAGGAUCCCAGAAGAGAUCACCAGGCGACACUGCCAAAGAUGCCCUCUUUGCUUCACAAGAGAAGUUUUUCCAGGAACUAUUUGACAGUGAACUGGCUUCACAGGCCACUGCAGAGUUUGAGAAGGCCAUGAAGGAGUUGGCUGAGGAAGAGCCCCACCUAGUGGAGCAGUUCCAGAAGCUCUCAGAGGCUGCUGGGAGAGUGGGCAGUGAUGCAACCUCCCAACAGGAAUUCACUUCUUGCCUAAAGGAAACACUGAGUGGACUAGCCAAAAAUGCCACAGAUCUUCAGAACUCAGGCAUGUCAGAAGAGGAGCUGACCAAGGCCAUGGAAGGGCUGGGCAUGGAUGAUGGGGAUGGGGAAGGGAACAUCCUGCCUAUCAUGCAGAGCAUCAUGCAGAACCUGCUGUCCAAGGAUGUGCUGUACCCCUCGCUGAAAGAGAUCACAGAGAAGUACCCAGAAUGGUUGCAGAGUCAUCGGGAAUCUCUACCUCCAGAGCAGUUUGAAAAAUAUCAGGAACAGCACAGUGUCAUGGGCAAGAUAUGUGCACAGUUUGAGGCAGAGACUCCUACAGACAGUGAGGCCACCCAGAAGGCUCGUUUUGAAACUGUACUGGAUCUCAUGCAACAGCUACAGGAUUUGGGUCAUCCUCCGAAAGAGUUGGCUGGGGAGAUGCCUCCUGGCCUCAACUUUGACCUGGAUGCCCUCAAUCUGUCAGGCCCACCAGGUGCCAAUGGUGAACAGUGUCUGAUCAUGUGAAACACAGCACCUUUUUCUCCCUGAUUCCCAGCCCUGGGGAACAUCUGGAGUCAGCAGAACCACUGGCAGCUGAUGCAGGAAUGUCGUCUGCAGGAGUGGCCUGCCCACUGCUCUGUUAUCCCGCCCAAGGUUACGCCAUACCAACCGAGGGUUUUCCUCUGUCUUCUAGGAACAAGGCCAUUUCAGUGAGCCCUGUCCAUUGUGGUUUCUGCGACAGGCAAAGGCCCACAGCCUAGCAGGUGAUGGAAGGUGGCAUCCCUUUCGGGUCUUCCACCUUCUUCCCACUCCAAAAAUGAUGUUAUAUUCAACCACAGUGAUGUUUACCUCUGCACCCAGGGUCUUCGUGCCUUGUCUCUACUCCUUUCCUUGGACCUAGGGAGCAAGGACAGGGUCCUGGGUCUCUGGAUUCUGUAGCACUCUUGGUAGGAAUGAAUGUGGGGAAACUUGGCCUGGAGUGGGACUGGAAGUCGGUCAUUAUGCCUUCUUGAAUUUUCUGAAGGGAAGGAAGUGGGACUUUGCCAUCUACAGUGGGGUUAAAAAAGACGCUCUCCAGGUGCUGAGCCUGCAGCUCCGUGUUCCAGCCUCAGAACCCAAGUUGCUGCCUGGCUCUCCAAUAAUGCUGUAUGAUCUGGGUGAACCCAAUCUUGCCCUUCUUUUGCCCCCUGCCUCAUUUCUUCUCUUUGUAAGCAUCUGUUUAUUCUAACCCUUCUCUGAGCCCAAGCUGUGACAUGGAAGGGGCCAUCCUGUUUUCCCUCAUGUAGUCCAUCUCCCACCCCUCAGUUGUAAACAGAAUCAUAGUGUCAGGUCUAGGGAAUGAAAGACUAUUCUUCCACAGAUAUUUGGGGACUUGGGGAAACAUCUGAUUCCUUUGAACCCUGUCCCUUGAUUCAAGGAGAUGGCUUGGGAAGGGGUCUGGUGUGCAGCCCAGGUCCGUUUCCCUGACUAAUAAACAUUUUGAGUGGGAAGUGUAGCCUGUUUUUCAUCCAGGUCUUUUUCUGAUUUCCCUCAGCUUCUAUGAACUGCAGUGUGAGUACUGUGUUCACCUUCUCCCCUUGUGGGCAAAGGGAAUGACUGAUUCUCCUCAUUUCCUCCAAGGGGCUCAACCUGGGAAGCCUUCUGUUGGCACUGUAUUUUAACAUUUCACAUUCUCAUUAAUGUUAAUAAUAUGUUGUUUAACUUUCUAGGGUUAAGUUUUUAAAUUUUCUUUGAAUUCACCUUUUCCUUCUCUGUGGGAGCCAUUGUACCUUGGCUGCCAUAGUAGAUACUCUAGUCAGACAAGCCAGCUGUUCUGGCUUAACAUUCAGAAAACAGCUACUCAAGCAAAUUCACAUUCAUCACUGAGUCAUACUAAGCUUCUGACAUGGGACUUUCCCCUGGGUUAAGACUUCACCCCUUAAGAUACCAUGUGUUCUGAGGUUUUGGCAAGGAAGAUUUUCUUGGGGCCUCAGUCAUUUAGAAAGAAAAAGCUAUUGUAUCUCAUCAGAAUAUGGAAGAGCUGUAAUGCUGGUCACAGGGCUUGGAUGGCCAGAGUUCUGUCUUUAUAGGUCCAGUCACACGCAAGAUGAUACAGAGAUGGGGCAGGCAAAAGGCCCUGUCCUGUGAGCAGGUGCCUCCUGAUCUGCCAGUUUUGACAAGUUCUCACUUCUGCUGGCCUGGCCAGGGCUUACACCAGGACUUUUGAGUAGAUGCCCUCAUCCAUAGCUGCUCAUUUUUAUUUUGUUCCCAAGCUACUCAUUUUUAUUUUGACUGAACAUGAACAAAUUGACCUCAGGUUCCCCUCUGCUUCAGAAACACCAAAUUAGGACUUAUAGAAGGAUGGAACAGGCAUUCUCAAAUUGUCCUUGGUAAAGGACCCAAUUUUUUGUUUUACUGCUAUCCAAUCCUUUGUAUAUGUGUUCCUGUUGCCCAUGACAAGUGUGCACUUCACGCUGUAUACUACGCCCCAUACAAGCCUGAUCACCCAAACUGACGACCCCAUUCAGCAGACUAAGUCCACUGAUCAUGUGCUUCAAUACACAACAAUGUUAAAAUGCUAAAGAGUUCCUAAACACUGAGUUCUAACUCAUGGUGUUGCACAGAUCAGUCCAAGUCUUCAAACCACGUUUGUGUAGCAUAGCCUACCCACCCUUCAGGGUCUCCGUAGCACCAUCAGCCCAGUGGAUAGACUUCUAAGAGUUGUCUCCUGUUGGAGAACUUUAGCUUUCUGCUUGAAAAUAGCUAUUACAAAGCUUCAGUUUAAGUUAUGUAUGAAAUAUUUAUUUUUUCAAAAUUUGAAGGUGAUCCCCUUCCAAAAUUCUGUUAGAAAAUGUGCAGUUUUUUUUUUUUUGAUAGUUCCAUGAAAUAAAUUCAUAUAGAAUAUGUAAUAACAGGGACAUUUUCCCAUGUUUCUGGGACCUCCUGAUGGUUAUAAUAUGGGAGCUUCAGAAAGACAGUUCCAUAGUAAAUGAAGUUGAGAUGAGAGUAUGAGAAAUGUCAAAAGGCUUAGAGAACUGGGCAUGUGAAGUGGGUCUCACAUAACACUGGAGAGCCACCAGAAAUUGUGUUCCUUGGGGACCUGAGGAAUUUUAUUUUUUAAAGAUUUAUUUAUUCAUACAGAACUGGGGUACAGGCCAGAGAUGCGGAGGG